CUCACGCAUGCGCACAUCAGUCAUCUCAAGUGAAAUCAUUAACCAACACAUUCUCGGAUCGGACCAUCUUUUUUGGUCUAAAGACCAAGGCAUAACGCAACCGUGAAAGUCUGGUAAUAUGCUUCUUCGUGUGGGAUGCGUUUUGCUGGUUUUCAUAUCCCUAGCAAGUUGUCGAUCGUUAAGGAAAGUUCAUAAAAGACAAGUUGACAGUUGUGGUAAUGGCUGUGCUUCAGACUGUGCCCCUGCUUGUUCUUUAAGUUGCUGCGAGGCUCCUGGACCAGCUGGACCUACUGGACCUACUGGCGCUCCAGGAGUAAAUGGUCCCACAGGUCCUGCUGGAGCUCCAGGUGCGGCGGGACCACCAGGUCCACCAGGUCCUCCUGGACCUCAACAACCACCUGGUCCCCCAGGACUUCCAGGACCAAAAGGACCACCUGGUCCACCUGGAAUAAGUGGCCCACCUGGUUCAAUAGGAGACGUUGGGCCUGCGGGAGCUGCAGGAGGUGGCGGUAAUCUUGGCGCAGGUGGUAACCCUGCUGGACCCCAAGGGCCACUUGGACCACAAGGACCUCCAGGCCAGAAAGGAAUGSCAGGUGCUCCAGGAAAUCCAGGACCACCUGGUGCACCUGGGCUUCCAGGACCUCAAKUGCCCCCAGGUCCGCAAGGAUUACCUGGUCCAAGCGGACCACCAGGACCACCAGGAAUCCACGGAGCUCUUGGACCACCUGGAGAAGCAGGACCUCAGGGACAGCCUGGAUUGCCAGGUCAUCAAGGAGCACCYGGUAAUCCAGCAGGCCCUCAGGGARCACUUGGACCUCCUGGACCCACUGGARCUCUAGGACCUCCAGGGCCAGGUGGAGAAGUUGGACCUGCUGGACCAGCAGGACCUCCAGGACCACAAAUGCCUCCAGGACAGCCAGGUCCUAAAGGUCCUAGCGGACCUGCAGGACCUCCAGGAUUACAUGGACCACUUGGACCACCUGGAGAUGUAGGUCCAYCUGGACCUGCAGGAGCAGCAGGUCCCGCUGGAGCUCCAGGAAACCCCGCGGGACCACCAGGACCACUUGGACCAGCCGGACCUYKUGGGAUUGRAGGACCACCAGGGGCACCUGGAAAUCAAGGACCACCUGGACCACCUGGUCCUCCAGGACCACAAAUGCCCCCAGGUCCGCCAGGACUUCCAGGGCCAAAGGGACCUCCAGGACCUCCAGGAAUUACCGGACCACUUGGGCCUCCAGGAGAGAUUGGACCCGCUGGACAACCUGGGGGAGCAGGAUGUCCAGGACAACAAGGAAACCCUGCUGGACCACAAGGACCACUUGGGCCGUGUGGACCCAAAGGCCCCAUUGGCCCACCAGGAGAAGCAGGAAAUCAAGGACCGCCUGGUCCACCAGGACCACCAGGACCACAAAUGCCACCAGGACCUCCAGGACCUCCAGGACCACAUGGACCCCCAGGGCCUCCUGGAAUUCACGGACCACUUGGGCCCCCAGGAGAGAUUGGACCAGCUGGACUACCCGGUGGAGCAGGAUGUCCAGGUAAACAAGGAAACCCUGCUGGACCACAAGGACCACUGGGACCUUGUGGACCUAAAGGACAAACUGGAAUGCAAGGACCAGCUGGUGAUGUUGGSCCACCUGGACCGCCAGGACCACCAGGACCACAAAUGCCUCCUGGUCCACCAGGACCACCAGGUCUUCCUGGACCAGCUGGACCUCCUGGACCAUUGGGACCACUUGGACCCCCAGGAGAYGUAGGACCUCUYGGACCASCUGGAGGWGCAGGACRUCRAGGAGRUCAAGGAAAUCCUGCUGGYCAACAAGGACCRCUUGGACCAGCUGGACCUAAYGGACKKACWGGAAUGCAAGGACCAGCAGGUGAUGUUGGGCCACAGGGACCACCAGGUCCACCAGGAGCACAAAUGCCUCCWGGUCCGCCAGGACCUCCAGGACCAAAGGGGCCCGCAGGACCACCUGGAAUAAACGGAGCACAUGGACCACCAGGCGAAGUUGGYCCACCAGGACCUGCUGGAGGAGUAGGAUGUCCAGGGCAACAAGGAAARCCUGCUGGACCACAAGGACCACUUGGACCCGCUGGAGGUUUUGGAUCACUUGGAUGUCCCGGAAAUCCUGCAGGCUGUCAAGGUCCGAUCGGCCAUGCUGGACCAAAAGGCCCUAAUGGCCCCGCAGGAGAAGCAGGAAAUAUAGGACCACCAGGACCACCUGGCCCUCCAGGACCACAAUUGCCUCCAGGACCACCCGGACCACCCGGACCACCUGGACCAGCUGGUCCAUCCGGACCUGUUGGUGUAAAUGGACCUGCCGGUGACAUUGGUCCAKCCGGKCAAUCUGGACAGGCAGGUGGAGUAGGAAAUUGCCCACAAGUUUGCGAGACCACAUGUGUAGAUUGUCCUCCACCUUGCCCUUGUAAGAAGUCUAAAGUUCACAAGAAGUCAAAGAUCAAUACUGUCCACAAGAGAGAAGCCAAAAAGAAGACAUCAGGACACAAAUCAAAGCAUUCUGGAAAACACUGAAAAAUAAUGACUUAUUAAUGAUUUUGUAAUCCCCUUGUCACCGUUAGGAAUAUUUUAAAGUAUAGUUGAUCUUACAAAAAAAAGGCUCAACAAUUCAUUUGUAUAAGAARGUGGAUCAAAAAGUAUCAUUUUAGAUACUAAUAUUAAUUUAUUACGAUUUAACUUAAUUAGUAUCAAACCAUAUGUUUUUUCRGUUCCUAUUUUGAUUAUUUGAUAGUUUCUCGUCAAUUUCCGCUUAAUGUGUUUGAUCGUUGGAUAAACACAGAGUGACCCAACUAAUAUAGACAAUUGCUCAAGACUUGAAGGAAAAGAAAGAYUCCUAACUGUCAGAAAGCAUGAAGUUUUGUUAAAAUAAUAAGUUGUCAAAAAAUAAAACGUCUAAAACACAAAAGAAGUGAAGGGAAUGACUCAAGAGAAUAAUGUGGACAUUAAAAUCUGCAAUCACCCAAAGGU